AGCAGUAGAAGGAGACAGUCUUUCGGCAAAACGUCUGAAGGUCCUUUUCCCUUUACCCUCCUCCAAUAUCUGACGAGAAAAUUGUAUAGAGCAGGAAAAUAGGAAGAGAGUAAAACCACGCCAAUUUAUUUCCCGCCGUCAAAGCAGAGCUUCUUCAGUAAACUACCAUUCUUAUCGACGAAGAUGGUGAAGACAAACUAUAUGAGAUUUCAAGGCAGCCAAAACCUAAGAUUGCGUCUUCUUCUCUCAACACUUUCCUCAACUCCCAUUCUUAUCGACCAAAUUCGAUCUAAUGAGACCAUUCCCGGCCUUCGUCCUCAUGAAGUCUCUCUUCUUCGACUCCUCGAGAAAGUCUGCGAUGACUGCCAUGUCGAAAUCAACGAAACUGGUACAAAAUUGAAGUACAAGCCUGGAAUUGUGAUGGGUGGGAAAUAUCUUACUCAUGAUUGUGGAUUGAGUCGCUCAAUUGGCUACUUUUUGGAACCUUUGAUUGUUUUGGGAUUGUUUGGGAAGAGACCCCUUUCAAUUAACCUCAAAGGUAUAACAAAUGAUGCUAAGGAUCCAUCUGUUGAUACCUUCCGGUCAACUACCUUGAACAUUUUGAAACGCUUUGGAGUACCAUCAGAAGGCCUGCAGCUGAAAAUUGAGAGCCGUGGGGUUCCUCCUUUGGGUGGCGGAGAAGUAGCUUUAUCAGUACCAAUUGUGCAUAGUAAUUUAACGGCAGUGAACUGGAUUGAUGAGGGAAUGGUAAAGCGCAUAAGAGGGGUUUCUUUUUCCACUCGAGUUUCGACUCAGUUUGAAAAUACAAUUAUACAUUCUGCACGUGGGAUUUUCAAUAACUUGCUUCCUGAUGUCCGCAUCUUUACUGAUCACAAGGCUGGUGCACAAGCUGGAAAGUCCCCAGGCUUUGGGGUUUCGCUGGUUGCUGAAACCACUUCUGGAUGCUACAUCUCUGCUGAUACUGCUGUCUCUUACCCACGAAGAGAGGAGACGACUGAAAUUGAAGAUGAGAAGUUAGAUCUGAAGACAGCUGAUGUUGUUGGUGUUCAAAUUGCUUCUGCUUUACUAGCUGAAAUAGAGCAGGGGGGAGUAGUGGAUUCAACACAUCAGUUCAUGUACUGAUAAUUGCCCAAGUAUCCCACAAGAAAAACUUCAUUUGGAGCCUGUACCGGGCACAAGGCAUACACCAACAACUUCCAAUAAGUAGAUGUUGGAAUGAGGUGUAGGACGAGCAUCCUACACAAGCUACAAAACGCAGGGCAAGAAGAAUAAAACGCACCAAUGAACAUGCAAAAAGUAAUUAAUUUGACAGCCAAUUUACAUUUCCUUACUUUCAGUGUACAUGUCGAAAAUUCAAAAAAUAACUGAUUUGACAGUUACUGUUCACCACUAAAUGCGGGUAAAUCACCAUCCCACUUCUCACUUUUCCACACUCAACCUUCAUCAUUUCACUUCCCUCUACAUUUUCUCUCUCCAAAAAAUGCAAAAACUCUAUAACCUCCAACCUUCAUAUUUCCAAUCCACUAUAAUUAUCUUCCACCAUCCCAAAAAUUAGUCAUAAAUUUUGCAAAUAUUUCAUUCAAUACCCCAAAUUUUGUUCAAUAUCCCAACAAUUGGGUAAUCUUGUCCUCCUUCCAUGUUUAAUGAUUUCGUUUUUUAAAUUUCGUCCUUUAUUUACUAAAUUUCGUUUUUUUGGGGUUAUUGCAAGAACACAAAGUGAAGAAAUACCAUUGGCCACCCUUUUGAGAGCAAAGGGGAAAAAUCUGAUGAAAUAUUUGAACCUCUACUUUAAAUGUCUGUAUUGUUCAUUGUGUGUUAUCACUUUGUUCACUAUAUCACAAGGAUUGUACUUUGGAUGUCUGUUAUUGUUCAUUGUGUGUUAUUGGCGAUUUUAUGGGGCUGCAUGAUGAAAUUUGAUUUGAACAAUUGACUUACAUUGUUAA